AUUUAUGUUUUAUUUUUUGUUGAAAUUGGAGCAGAGCAGUGGAUGUCGAUAAUAAAACCACCAUCCACCGUUCGUUUAUUCAACCGUAACGAUUACUACACAUGUCAUGGCGAAGAUGCCAAUAUUGCUGCUGGAUUUACCUCUGCUGCUAUCAAGAUCAUGGGCGAGCAGCCUAAAUUGAGUUAUGUGUGUCUCAACAAAACUCAGUUCGAAUUAUUUCUAAGGGAAUUACUUCUGGUGAGGCAAUAUCGCGUUGAAGUCUAUGUUAAAACAUCCCAAAAGAAUAAUGACUGGUAUUUGGAGUACAAGGGAUCUCCAGGGAAUUUGAGCCAGUUCGAAGAACUGUUAUUUGAAAAUUCCAACAUAGAGUUUUCGAAUUCUAUCAUGGGAUUAAGAUUAGUACAAAAUAAGAUUUUGGCUAUAAGUUGUAUAAAUAUCACCGAAGCAAAGUUUGAGGUUUGCGAAAUAAGCGACAACGAAUGCUUUUCCGAAUUGGAAGCUCUAAUCGCUCAAAUCGGGCCGAAAGAAUGCGUGUUACCCGCCGGCGAUUCCCCCGAACUAACGUCGUUAAAAAAUGUCUUAGAGCGUAACGGUAUUCUGAUUGCAAGAGUUAAGAGAUCUGAUUUCUCAGGUGAAGACAUAAUACAAGAUCUGAACAGAUUGCUUUAUUUUCGUGAAGACCAACAGAGGAACGCUAGUACUGUUACCGAAACCAAUAUGAAAGAAGCCAUGGGAUGUCUUCAAGCCGUAAUCAAAUUUUUAAAUUUAACUGGAGACGAAAAAAAUUUUAAUCAGUUUAAAUUGAACUCUCUUGACCCCCACAGAUUUGUAAGAUUGGACAACGCGGCAUUAUACGCAUUAAAUGUUUUACCUAAACCUGGUUCGCAAACUAUAGAGAGCUCAGUUGUCAACCCUAACGCGGCAAAAACUAACAGUUUGAAAGGGAUUUUAGAUAGCUGCGUGACAGUGCAAGGUCGAAGACUUUUAGAGCAAUGGAUAAAACAACCUUUGAAGGAUUAUAAUUUAAUUAACGACAGACUUGAUGCAGUCGAGGCUCUGGUUAAAGACGCUGGAAUAAGAAUGUCUUUAAUCAAGGAUUGUCUUCCUCGUUUAACCGAUUUAAUGUCUCUUUCUAGAAAAAUUUCUUGCAAAAAGGGAAAACUGCAGGACUGUUAUCGCGUGUACCAGACCAUAAGUAGUAUUCCAAUCAUGCUCCAAAUUUUGAAGGAUACUGAAAAUAAAUGUAUAAAAGCUAUGCUCAUUGAUCCUAUUAGUGACAUUAUAAUGGAUCUCCAAAAUUUUCAGAAUAUGAUAGAGCAGACUCUAGAUUUAGAAUUGGUAGAUAGAGGGGAAUUCUUGGUUAAAUGUUCUUUCGAUGAUGAUUUGAAUGAAUUGCACGUUAAGAAAGAGAAAAUUGGAGAGAAAAUGCAAAGAAUACUUCGAUAUGCUGCUGAGGAUCUGGGCUUUGAAGAAGGAAAAACAAUUAAAUUGGAGUGCAACGACCAACAUGGUUAUUUCUUUAGGGUAACUCUGAAAGAAGAGCACGCUCUUAGAAAGAGUAAAAACUAUAAGAUUAUCGGUGCCAUUAAGGGUGGUGUGCGAUUUACUAACGACAAAUUAGCAGAACUAAAUAAAGAUUAUCAGACUAUAAACGAAGAAUAUAUGGAGAGGCAGAAGACCGUUGUUGCGGAAAUAUUCGAGGUGGCUGCUGGAUAUGCUGAUUCGCUUAGAAAUCUAAACGUCUUGCUCGCCACUUUAGACGUUCUUGUUUCCUUCGCCACCGCUGCCGUGUCUGCCCGCAUUCCGUAUACUCGGCCUAAGCUUCUAAAAGAAAAUUCGGGCGUACUGAACCUGAAGAAAGUCCGUCAUCCUUGCUUGGAAGCACAGGACCACGUCUCUUUUAUUCCCAACAACGCCGCAUUCGACCAGAAUGAGAAAAUCUUGCAUAUUAUCACCGGGCCAAAUAUGUGCGGAAAAAGUACAUACAUCAGGAGUAUCGGCACUUGCGUGCUUAUGGCUCAUAUAGGCAGCUUGGUUCCUUGUGAAGAAGCAAUAAUAUCUUUGGUUGAUGGGAUUUUAGUGAGGGUAGGAGCUGAUGAUUGUCAGUUGAAGGGGUUGUCCACGUUCAUGUUGGAAAUGAUAGAAACGUCCACGAUAAUAAAGAGCGCUACUAAGAAUUCUUUAGUCAUCAUUGAUGAGUUAGGAAGAGGAACUUCAACUUACGAUGGAUGUGGCAUAGCAUGGGCUAUUGCUGAACAUUUAGCGACGGAAAUCAAGUGCUUUUCUCUUUUCGCUACCCAUUACCAUGAAAUAAGCCGUCUGGCAGAACUUAAUUCAUGUGUGAGCAAUCUGCAUGUCACAGCCGUCACAACUAGUAAUACAAUAACGCCGCUAUAUCAAAUUCGAGAAGGAGAGUGUGACAAAAGCUAUGGAAUACACUGCGCUCGUAUGGUCGGUUUUCCGGAGGACGUUAUAAAAGACGCCAUAGAAUAUCAAAAGGAACUAGAACACUAUAGCGGCAUGAAGUUCGUGACUAAUUUUGAACAGUCUUUAAAGAGGAAGGUGAUGGGGGAAGGAGAUGCAAUCAUAAAAAAUACUCUAAAAAAAUUAAAAUCUAUGGAUAUUAACAACUUGAGUGACAGUGACUUAUGUGAAGUUCUCGAUGGUAUGAAAAAUGAGUUGGGAUCUACUGAAAAUUUAUUUAUUAAAGGUUUACUUUCUGAUUAAAUAAUUGUAAGGUGUAUCAGAUAUAGUUGUAAUUUAAUUUUUUUUGUUUUCGUUUUUUUUUUAUUUUUUUUUAA